AUACGUUUUACUUUAUGAAAAGGUAUAUUGAAGCAUGACUUGUUGACGCCCUAGUAACGUUGCAAUAACUGGACUUAUUCAAGUAUAUUAAUGAAGAUGGUUCUUCUGAUUUGUACUGAUAUUCUAUGAUAGCUCGAAAUUUGAGGAAAUAUGGCUCAUCACUUCAAACGAUUUAAAAUAAAAUUCUAACGACUGACUGGUUUCUUAUUUGAAUUUUACGGUUGCCUGCAUUUCAGAAAUGCCACUAAAGAAGGGGAUAGUGGGUUUAAUUCCGGCAGCAAUCGUUAUCUUGUUUUUAUCAUUAGCCAUUGGUGUGACUAAAUGGCAGGACAAGGUUGAUGAUUUGACGGUUUAUAUUGAGCAUGAAAGAUAUGCUGAUUUAUGGGAAUUCUGCAACCGGACAAUUUUGACUUAUUCUAAGUCGACGGGUUCUGGUCUGGGGUCUGAAACAGUCAGGGAAACGUCGCCAACAUCAUGCGCCGACAUUGCUGACGUCUUCACAGCCAGGAUGACUAAGUUCAACAAUAUAGUAAAGAAUGUAAUGUUUGCUGCUCUUGCCUGUAUUGUUAUAGCCUGCCUGGGAAUCUUGGUGAAGUAUUUCAUAUUGAAGGAAUGGAUACACGAGAAAUUACAGAUCAGACUUGGUUUUAUAUCUGCUGCCAUGGCUUUUUUCUCAGGUGCUCUAGCUAUAGUGGCGUUCGGUGUGUAUAACGUUGAAGUUAAAUAUGAAGGAUUUACUCCCCAUGCCGGUUUUUAUCUGACCUUGACAACAGGAAUAUUAUCGUGGAUAUCUUCGGUUUUGUUUCUUUCGAGUAGCCUUUGUAUUGGAGCGAGCAUGUACCCGGAUAUGACGUAAUAGGUUAUGUCGAUACAGAAGAAUUUCUUUCACCAAUAAUAAACUGCAUUUACAAAACAUUUUGCUGGAACAAAAUGUUACGUUAAGAUAGAUAUAAAAAGCGUGACCUGAUUUAUUGCUAUUCAUUGUGAAAUAAUUGAAUUCAUUUUUCUUUAAUGUAUAUUUAGUAAGCAAAUAAAAAUUUAUGAUAUUAUCAUAUGGUUUGUAUGUUAUUGAAAAAUAGU